AUGGCGGACAACAUCGCCGUGAGCGUCCGUGUCAGGCCCCUCAACUCGAAGGAGGAGUCAAAGGGUGCGGCAUGGGAUAUAAAUAGCGAGACUAACGCGAUCGCGCCUCAGGCCGGUUCCUCCGCAGGCACGACCGAUAGCACAUCUUAUCAGCUCGAUAACGUCUUCGAUCCGUCUUGCCGCACCAAGGACGUGUACGACCGCACGACACGGGGGAUCAUCGAGUCCGUCCUCAAUGGCUUCAAUGGCACCGUUUUCGCUUACGGUCAGACCUCCUCGGGCAAGACCCACACCAUGCAAGGCAGCGCGGAGGAGCCGGGUAUCAUCCCACUCGCCGUGCACGACGUGUUCGACAGCAUCGAUCACAGCGAGGGCAGGGAAUUCCUCGUGCGCGUCAGCUACCUCGAGAUCUACAACGAGCAGAUGGUGGACCUCUUCUCCGCCGACACCCGACGCGUCUCGCGCCUGCAGAUCAAGGAGGAUUCCGAGCGCGGCGUGUACGUGAGCGGCCUGAAGGAGGAGAUUGUCACGAGCCCGACGCAGGUGCUCGAGCUGCUCCGAACCGGCGUCGCGAGGAGACACGUGGGCGAGACAAACAUGAACGCGGAGUCGUCGCGGUCUCAUACCAUCUUUAGAAUGGUGGUGGAGUCCAGGGCCGUCGGCGAGAACGCGUCCGGGGCCGCUAACGGCGCGCAAGACGCGGUGCUAGUGGCCACGCUUAACUUGGUUGACCUGGCGGGUUCCGAGCGAGUGGUCAAGACGGGCGCGGAGGGGAUCCGAAUGAAGGAGGGUGCCAACAUCAACAAGUCACUUCUGAACCUAGGCAUCGUCAUCAAUAAGCUCACAGAGGGGGCGGAGGGCAAGGGCUCGCACAUCCCGUUCCGGGACUCGAAGCUGACCAGGAUCCUGCAGCCGGCGCUCGGAGGCAACUCAAAGACGGCCAUCGUGUGCAAUGUCACGCCGGCGGCGGCGCAUGCAGAGGAGACCCACAGCACCCUGCGUUUCGCCGUGAGGGCCAAACGCGUGUGUAACAAUGCCACCGUCAACGAAGUCGUGAGCGAGUCCGCGCUCAUCAAGAGGCAGCAGAGGGAGAUUGAGGAGCUGCGCAAGAAACUCGGCGGGGAGGGAGGCGUGAGCCAGGAGGUUGAGGAGGAAAUCAACGCGCUCAGGCGCGAGAUGCUCGAGGCUGAGAACGAGCGCGAGCGGCUGGCGAACGAGCUCGAGAUUGAGCGCGAGGAGCGGGAACGCGCGGAAAAGGCUGCGAGCGCCAAGAUAAGCAACCUAACCAACCUCGUGCUCAAGUCGUCGGCCAUGGAUGCCGAUGGAGCGUGCGACAAGAGGCCGAAGCGAGGCAACCGCCGCGAAACGUGG